UCUGAAAAUGGCUGUGUCGCCGCAGUUCGUGCGGGGGAGCAGCUCCGCGUUCUUAACGUGUCUCCUUCUGUUCACCACGUUUGUCUCCGUCUCCGUCGUUGCGGGAGAAAACAACGGGACGUGGGGAGACAGGUCCCGAGUGUUACAGGUGGCGGAGAAGAAGGGGGAGGAGGUGGCGGACUCCUCCGUCACCCAUCACCAGAGUAACUCCAGCGAACACAAGAAGGUUUUCCCCGUCCUGUCCUUCAACUACGACCACGUCCGGACGCCCUUCGAGAUCUCGCUGUGGAUCCUGCUUGCCCUGCUCAUGAAACUGGGUUUCCACAUCAUUCCCAGAGUCUCAAACGUCGUUCCGGAAAGCUGUCUGCUAAUCGUCGUUGGUCUGCUGGUUGGUGGCAUCAUCAAAGCCAUCGGCGAGGAAGCACCAGUCCUCGAUGCCAAGCUCUUCUUUCUCUACCUACUGCCUCCCAUCAUCCUUGAUGCCGGCUACUUCCUGCCCAUACGACACUUCAUGGAGAACAUGGGCACCAUCCUGGUGUUCGCGGUGGUUGGCACGCUGUGGAAUGCCUUCUUCGUGGGCGGGAUGAUGUACGCCGUGUGUCAGAUUGAAGGAGCUCAGCUGGGAGAAGUGGACCUGCUCUCCUGCCUGCUGUUCGGCUCCAUCAUCUCAGCCGUGGACCCCGUGGCCGUCCUCGCUGUGUUUGAGGAGAUUCACAUCAACGAGCUGCUGCACAUCCUCGUGUUCGGGGAGUCGCUCCUCAACGACGCCGUCACCGUGGUGCUGUAUCACUUGUUCGAGGAGUUUUCCCACGCAGGAACUGUCACCAUCGGCGACGCCCUGCUCGGCGUGGUCUGUUUCUUGGUGGUCUCUCUGGGAGGCAUCCUGGUCGGGUUCUUCUACGGCAUCCUGGGCGCCUUCACCUCCCGCUUCACCUCCCACACUCGCGUCAUCGAGCCUCUGUUUGUUUUCCUCUACAGCUACAUGGCCUAUCUCUCCGCAGAGGUCUUCCACUUGUCAGGGAUCAUGUCGUUGAUUGCGUGUGGCGUGAUGAUGCGGCCGUACGUGGAGGCCAACAUCUCCCACAAGUCCUACACCACCAUCAAGUACUUCCUGAAGAUGUGGAGCAGCGUGAGCGAGACGCUCAUCUUCAUCUUCCUCGGUGUGUCCACGGUGGCUGGUCCUCACGCCUGGAACUGGACCUUCGUUGUUUUCACCGUCGUCAUCUGUUUGGUGUCCAGAGUCCUGGGAGUCAUUGGUCUCACGUACGUCAUCAAUAAAUUCCGUAUCGUGAAGUUGACCAAAAAGGAUCAGUUUAUCGUGGCCUACGGUGGCCUGCGAGGUGCAAUAGCCUUCUCACUGGGGUUCCUGUUGACCAACAGUCAGAUGAAGAACAUGUUCCUCACUGCCAUCAUCACCGUCAUCUUCUUCACCGUCUUUGUUCAGGGAAUGACGAUCAGACCCCUGGUGGAGCUUCUGGCUGUGAAGAAGAAAAAGGAGAGCAAAGGAUCGAUUAAUGAGGAGAUUCACACACAGUUCCUGGAUCAUCUCCUAACAGGAAUCGAAGACAUCUGUGGACAUUAUGGACACCAUCACUGGAAAGACAAGCUGAACCGCUUCAAUAAAACCUAUGUGAAGAGGUUGCUGAUCGCGGGAGACCGCUCCACUGAGCCUCAGCUCAUCUCCUUCUACAACAAGUUGGAGAUGAAGCAGGCCAUGAUGCUGGUGGAGAGCGGCAGUGCCGCUAAGCUGCCCACUGUCGUCUCGUCUGUCUCUGUGCAGAACAUCCAGCCAAAAGACUCGACCAGACGAAGGGCAAUUCCAAGCAUCUCCAAGAGCCGAGAGCAAGAGAUCAGGAAGAUCCUGCGAGCCAACCUGCAGAAGACCAGACAGAGGCUUCGUUCCUACAGCAGACACGACCUGAUGAUGGAUCCUUUUGAGGACAAUCUGAGUGAGGUUCGCUUCAGGAAGCAGCGAGUGGAGAUGGAGAGGAGGAUGAGUCACUACCUCACGGUUCCUGCAAACCGUCAGGAGACGACGCCAGUGAGAAAAGUCUGCUUCGAACCAGAACACAAGGUUUUCACCUACAUCACUGACGGUGAGAGUCCCAAAGGUCGGACGUCUCGUCCUCAUCCCAGCUCUCCAGACGCAGUCAGCCUCUUAUAUGAGGAGUCUCAGAGGGACAAUCAGAGGAGCGUGCUGCGAGCUAAAGGAGACACAGAGCUUAGGGCCAAAACGCUGGACAACCAGGAGCAGCAGGAGCAACAGGAGGAGGAGCAAGUCAAACUAUCACGCUGCCUUAGUGACCCUGGUCCAAACAAAGACGAGGAGGGGGACGGCUCCUUCCACUCGUGAUAACGCUCGUACUUACUUGAAAGUGUUUUUGUUUUCAUUUGUGAGUGAAGACGUUUCAAAGCCUUAAUAUUUAUGUUUUUUUUCGUGUGUGAUAUGGGAUCAUAUCAAUACUUUUGUUUUGUUAUUUCUUUGAUUAGUCUUUUUUUCGUUAGUUGGGAUUUUAUCAGACUUUUUUGCCAAAGCAUGAAACCAUUGGCCAUUUUUAUAUGACUGAAAUGAGUCCACAUGUGAGUCAUAUCGCACA